AUGGCAGCCACCGACACAAAUGAGCCCGAAAAGGCUCAAGAUAUCACCAAAGCUGAGCAGCCUGCCGCCUCCCAAGUCGAAAGUGGCGUCACAAAACACAGCUCCAAAUUCCACCUCGACCUCGAGGAUGCCUUCACCCCAGACCCCGGCACGGAGGACAUGUUCCGGGUCGACAACAACAAGUUCGCCUUCUCGCCCGGACAGCUCUCCAAGCUCCUGAACCCAAAGAGCCUCAGCGCCUUUUACGCCCUCGGCGGCCUGGCGGGCCUCGAAAAGGGCCUGCGCACCGACCGCCACACCGGUCUGAGCCCCGACGAGGACGUCCUGGACGGCACUGUCAGUUUCGAGGACGUCGCGGCCAAGGGCGCCCCCAAGUAUGGACAUGGCGGGAAUACAGAGCCUCAGGGGAAGGGGACGGGUAAUGUACCCGAUGCCCCCCACAAUAAGCCGACACACGGCUUCACCGAUCGGCAACGCGUCUUCAGGGACAAUCGGCUGCCAGAGAAGAAGACCAAAUCGCUGCUCGAGCUGGCGUGGACGACGUACAAUGACAAGGUGCUUAUCCUGCUUACCAUUGCCGCCGUGGUGUCCCUCGCGCUUGGCUUGUACCAGACCUUCGGCGGCGACCACGAGCCGGGCGAGCCUCGAGUAGAAUGGGUCGAGGGUGUUGCUAUUAUGGUGGCCAUCGUGAUCGUUGUGGUUGUCGGCACUCUGAACGACUGGCAAAUGGAGCGGCAAUUCAACAGACUCAACAAGAAACACAAUGAUCGCACGGUCAAGGUUAUCCGCGCCGGCAAGUCAAUGGAGCUCUCCGUGUUCGACCUCAUGGUGGGAGACGUCAUGCAUCUCAGCACCGGCGAUCUUAUUCCUGUGGACGGCAUAUUCAUUGAGGGCCACGGCGUCAAGUGUGACGAAUCGUCCGCAACUGGUGAAUCGGAUCUGUUGAAGAAAGUCGCGGCUGACGAAGUCUUUGCGGCCCUGCAAGAGAUGGACCGUGAGAAGAAGGACAAUCCUGCCAUCGAGAAGAUGGAUCCCUUCAUUAUAUCAGGCAGCAAGGUCCAAGAGGGCACUGGCACGUUUGUUGUGACUGCCGUCGGUGUCAACUCGAGCUACGGUCGAACAGCAAUGGCGCUGCGAACUGAACAGGAGGACACGCCGCUGCAGCGCAAACUCAACAUUCUCGCCGACUGGAUCGCAAAGGUUGGCGGUGGUGCAGCUCUGGUUCUCUUUAUUGUGCUCUUCAUCAAAUUUCUCGCUCAGUUGCCCCACAACCAUGGCACACCUGGCGACAAAGGUCAAGAAUUUCUGCAAAUCUUCAUCGUCUCCGUCACAGUUGUUGUGGUUGCAGUACCCGAAGGUUUGCCCCUCGCAGUCACGCUGGCUCUAGCUUUCGCCACGACGAGGAUGAUGAAGGACAACAAUCUCGUGCGGAUUCUCAAGGCGUGUGAGACGAUGGGCAACGCAACGACCGUGUGCUCUGACAAGACGGGAACGCUGACACAGAACAAAAUGACCGUCGUGGCCUGCACAUUGGGCAAGGCGUUAAGCUUUGGCGGUACGGAGCCAACGCUCGACGACACGGCCGAGAAGAGCAGCGAUGGAGCGAAUGGUGCCGCCUCGGAAGAAAGCGCAGUGCCGAAUGUCCCCGUCAACGAAUUCGUCAGUGGCAUGAGCCAGGAAACUAAGAACGUUCUGAUCCAGGCAAACGCUGUCAACUCUACUGCCUUCGAAGGCGAGCAGGACGGAGAGAAGACAUUCAUUGGCUCAAAGACUGAAGUAGCCCUCUUGACCUUCUCCCGAGACCACCUUGGCGCUGGACCCGUGCAGGAGGAGCGAGAAAACUCCAAUGUGGUGCAGGUUGUCCCAUUCGACUCCGCGAACAAAUACAUGGCUACUGUGGUGAAGCUCCCCAGUGGCAAAUUCAGGGCUUAUGCGAAGGGUGCUUCUGAGAUUCUCGUGGGCAAGUGCACCAAGGUGAUCGCCGAUCCGAGCGCGAGCGAGCUCACAAGCACGGAAUUUACUGCGGAGGAUCGUGAAGCGACUCUAGCGACAAUCACCUCAUAUGCCGGUCAGACUCUUCGAACGAUUGCCUCGUCAUACCGCGACUUCGAGUCCUGGCCACCGGAGGGUGCUGUCUCGGAAGAAGACCCCAGGGCUGCGGAUUUCAACAAGUUACAUCAGGACAUGACUCUCGUAGCUAUCUUCGGUAUCAAGGAUCCUCUUCGUCCUACUGUCAAGGACGCUAUCAAGGACUGCCAGAGAGCAGGUGUUGUGGUCCGCAUGGUUACCGGCGACAACAUCCUUACGGGCCGAGCUAUUGCCAGGGAAUGCGGUAUUUAUCAUCCCGAAGACGGUGGAAUUGCUAUGGAAGGACCGGAAUUCCGCAGGAAGAGCGAGGAGGAGCUGAAGGAGCUCGUACCUCAUCUCCAGGUGUUGGCACGAUCAAGCCCUGAGGACAAGCGAAUUCUAGUCCGGACGUUGAAGGAGUUGGGCGAGACCGUUGCUGUUACUGGUGAUGGCACGAAUGAUGCGCCUGCACUCAAGAUGGCCGAUAUUGGAUUCGCUAUGGGUAUUGCGGGAACUGAGGUUGCGAAGGAAGCCGCUGCCAUCAUCUUGAUGGACGACAACUUUGCGUCAAUUGUAAAGGGUAUGAUGUGGGGCCGUGCAGUCAAUGACGCUGUGAAGAAGUUCUUGCAGUUCCAACUCACUGUCAACAUCACCGCCGUCGUCCUGACUUUCGUCUCUGCUGUGGCUAGCAGCGAUGAGGAGUCUGUCUUGAACGCCGUCCAGCUGCUUUGGGUCAACUUGAUCAUGGAUACAUUCGCCGCUUUGGCUUUGGCCACUGACCCUCCGAACCGAUCAGUGCUGGACCGCAAGCCCGACAGAAAGUCUGCUCCUUUGAUAACGCUAAGAAUGGCCAAGAUGAUCUUCGGGCAAGCCAUCUGUCAGCUGGCCAUUACAUUUGUUCUCAACUUUGGUGGUCCUAAGCUGCUGGGAUACGAUGUGCACGACGAGACCGAGAAGAAGGCGCUAAACACGCUUGUCUUCAAUACAUUCGUUUGGCUACAGAUUUUUAACGAAGUCAACAAUCGUCGCCUGGACAACAAGUUGAACAUUUUCGAGGCUAUCCACAAGAAUUACUUCUUCAUCAUAAUCAACCUCAUCAUGGUCGGUGGCCAAGUCCUGAUUGUGUUCGUCGGCGGCGAGGCGUUCAAGAUUGUCCGGCUCAAUGGCAAAGAAUGGGGCCUCUCUAUUGGUCUGGGUGCCAUCUCCAUCCCAUGGGGCGCCGCAAUUCGUCUCUUCCCCGACUCGUGGGUUGCCGCCAUGCUGCCCUGGUUCAUUCGCAAGAAAUGGGCACCGGAGACUAUCUCUCAAGACCUGGAGCAGCAGCACCGAGACGAGGUGGAGGGCAUCCAUCCGCCAUUGCGCGUGCUCACUGGCAUCCGGGGAGCAAGAGCCAGGAAGAAUAUGCGCGUUGGCAUGCGCGAAUACCUCCACGACCAGAAGGUCAAGGCGAAGGCGAAGAUGCAUGGUCAUACCACCUCGGAUACCGGAAGCGAUGUCGCGGAGAAGAAAUAG